GUCCCAUACAAGCCUACUGCGUUACCCCCAAUAGACAAAUGGACAUCGAAAGACCGCUUCCGGGUCAUGCCAGCCGAUAUGACGAGCUGCUGGCACCAAGCACCUCAAAAGGCGACGAGGCCUCGUUUACUCGGGAUACAGCGACAUACACAAACCUUGACACUCGCUUCCGCGCCUCCAAGCGCACGUAUGACCGGCAGUACGCGCAGCUGUACUUCUCGCGCCUCAUGCUGCUCAAGGACGUGAUGCACAAGCGGGUGGAGCAGCUGUGGCGGGGCGUGCCAGUGUGCAGCAUCCUGGAGGUGCAGGAGGGCAAGGAGGUGGCGGUCAUUGGCACACUCUACAAAAACAUGAAGCUGAAGCCCUCCAUCCUGGACGAGUACACAAAGGACCGCGGGCUCAAGGCGGCGCUGGGGGCGGCCAACUUCUGUGCCGACGACGACAGCGUGGUCAUGGAGGACGACGGCGCGCGUAUGGUGCUGAGUGUGGCGACACCCGGCACCAUGGCGGCGGCGGCGGCGGCGGCUCCGGGCUGGGCGCCGGGCGAUGGGCCGCUGGCGGUGCAGGAGCUGGUCACAGGCCUGGUGAUGGCGGUGCGCGGCGUGCACGAGCCCGGCGGCGACUUCUUUGUGAGCGCCGUGGCCUUUGCCGGCCUGGCGCCCAACCCCUGUCCCCUGCCGCACCCGCUGCCGCUGCCCUCGUCCGCCGCCUCCGCCGACGCGGCUGCCGCGCUGGCCGCCUCGCGCCCCGGCGACACCUACCUGGCUCUGGUGUCGGGUCUGGGCCUGGGCGGCGGGCGGGCGGACCUGCUGGCCACUCAGCUGGCGGCGGACUGGCUCACAGGCAACCUGGGCAGCGCAGCGGAGCAGCAGCUGGCGGCGCAGGUGGUGCGGCUGGUGGUGGCGGGCGGCGGCAUCGGGCAGCUAGAGGGACUGGCGGGCGCCGCCGCCACCGCGCCCGGAGCAAACCCCUACAACCGCUCGGCACAGGUGGUUGCGCUGCAGCCGGUGCGCGACCUGGACCUGCUGCUGGCGGAGCUGGCGGCGGCGCUGCCCGUGGACGUCAUGCCGGGGCCGGAGGACCCAGCCAACGUGGCGCUCCCGCAGCAGCCCAUGCACAGGUGCCUGUUCCCGGGCGCCGCCUCGCACGGCUCGCUGGUCCGCGCCACCAACCCGCACGAGUUCGAGUGCGGCGGCGUGCGGGUGCUGGGCAGCAGCGGGCAGGUGGUGGACGACAUGGCCAAGUACUGCGGGCUCAGGGACAGGCUGGACCUGAUGCAGCGCACCCUGGCCUGCCGCCACCUGGCGCCCACCGCGCCCGACACCCUCACCUGCUACCCCUUCACCGACGACGACCCCUUCAUCCUGCCCGCCACCCCCCACGUCUACUUCGCCGGCAACCAGCCCGAGUUCGCCACGCGCCUGGUGGUGCUACAGCCGGGCUGCAGCAGCAGCGGCGCAGCCGGCAGUAGCACGGCCGCCGCGGCGCCGGCGGCCGCUGGCAGUAGCAGUAGCAGUGGUGGCGGGGGCGGCGGGGAGCCGGUGGUGGUUCGGCUGGUGGCUGUGCCGUGUUUUGCCCGGACCGGCACGCUGGUGCUGCUCAACCUGCGGACGCUGGCGUGCCACCCGGUGCGCUUCGAUGGCAGCCUGGGGCUGGGCGUGUGAGGUGGAGGAGGAGGAUGGCUUGAAGAGCGGGGAGGAGGGAAGGAGGAGGAGGGGGAGGAGGAGGGGAGGCGUUGUUGAGCUUGGAACGAGUGUGUGAGUGGACGUGGACUGUGGAGAGAUAAAUGGAAGGUUGUGACGCGAGGGAGGAGGGAGGGGGUAGCAGCGGCUGAAGGGGCAGAUGGCGUGGGGGAGGCGUUGUCGAGCUUGGAUGGGGCCGCGCGCGUGGAAGCGGAGGCUGCGGGCUCGCAGGUUUGUGUGUGUUGCGGUGGCGGUGGAGUUAGGCCUGGCAGCGAUUAAUGUGUGCUUGCAGAGUGUGGCAGAGGUGGAUGGAGUACGGUAGGUGGCGCGCGGCGAUUGGGCAAUUGGACGCGGCACGGCGUGCACAAAAAGCUCGAGGCGUGUGUCGACGUGACCGCGUUACCACGGCGUUUGACGCUGCCCUGAACAUAUCUCCAGCGUUGAAGCGACCUGUUACCAGGGCCAUGGCGGCGAGAAGGCGAGGCGCGUUGAGGAACGGUCGGGGGUAGGCCCUGCGGUGGGGAUGUCGCGCCUGUGGGUAUGGACGAAGGGCCGCGAACGUGCUGAGAGCGCGAACCUUGGUUAUGCGGCGCAGUAAAGCAUUAAAAGGAAGAACAAUGUAUGCAAACUCAAGGAUUGUUUUGUUAGCCUCGCUGAU